UGUCCGCUAUCCUGGAGUCCCCAUUACAAGUUUCAGCCAAAUGGAUGUGGCAGGCCAGGCUGUCUGCUAUGUCCACAAGAGCAAGGCAGCUGCUCCCAAAGAUAUGUUCAGAUGGUGAAACAGGAACACAUGCUGAAGGCUGCCUUGCCUCUUUUUGCCAGAUUCAUCGUCAGCAAUGGGCUAAGGACUAAACAUGGAAAGUUUGAGAUCAUCCUAAAAACAGUGGACCGAGCCUUACCCACAGUGGCCAAGAAUGAGGGGCUAAGAUUACUUGACGGUGGUAUGGCAUUCCUUUCUCCAGAUGUUCUACAGCUUUCAGACCCAGACACAGCUCCACAAAACCUUUCCUUUCUCCUAGCACAACUCCCGCAAUAUGGCCAGCUCUAUAACAGGGAGUUUGAACUGUGGCAACAAAGCUUCAGCCAGCAAGAUGUGGACAACAUGAACAUUGCCUAUAGACAUGGAGGAGGGGAUUCUCGGUUUGACAGGUUUACAUUUGUGGCAACAGAUGGAGUGAACCAAGGCUUCAUAGUAAAUAACAAAGUGCAAGUAGAGCCUUUGGCGUUCAUCAUUCAGGUGGAUAGUCCAGCAAAAACAGCACCAGAAAUGGUUCACCUUCGUAGUGCUUCUGAUGUUGAAUUGCUGAAAAGUGGCAACUAUGGCAUUUACAUUACUGCGCAGUCACUGAAGGCAUCGGAUUGUGAUACAGAUGAUGACCAAAUCAUUUUUAAGAUUUUACAAGGACCUCAUUAUGGCUACUUGCAAAAUAUUUCAACAGGUGGAUUCAUUCAGAAAGAAUUCAGUCAGAGGGAUUUAAAUCGCAAGAUCUUACUUUAUGUCAUUGAUCCUUACUGGGAGGGGAACUCGGACAACCUGAAGAUUCAAGUUACUGAUCCAGAUGGAAACUCUGCUGUGCCUGAAAUUCUGGAACUGAAGUGGUCUAAGAUUGAAAUGCUACAGGAUGUUUAUGAAGUGUGUGAAAAUGUGGGAACGCUGUCUCUGAAAAUCACCCGAGCAGGGCACACCAUGGAUUCCGCCUUUGUUGCAGUCAAGGUCAAUGAAGUGACUGCUUUAUCAGGAAAGGAUUUUACAGUGGCUCCUUCCAAACUUAUUCAGUUUGAUCCAGGAAUGUCAACCAAGAUGUGGAAUAUAGCAAUUACCUAUGAUGGAUUAGAGGAAGAUGAUGAGGUCUUUGAAGUGGUUCUGAUCUCCCCUGUGAAUGCUGUUCUUGGCACCAGGACAAAAUCUGUAGUGAAAAUUUUGGACUCAAAAGGAGGUCAGUGCAGCUCAUUCCAUUCCUCAAGCCAAAACACUCACAACUUAUGGAUGAAAGGCACACUACUUCCAGUCUCCUCAGGCUCCUCUUCAUCUUCCAGGCAUGGCACUGUUCACUUGGAAGGAAUCCCACCGUCCUCUUCCAGAGAGAUGGUAGUGCAGAGAAGGGACAAGCUACCAGAAUUCAACUUGGUGAACCUUGCAAGGACCAAGCUAAGAGCCAUUGGAAAUGGCCAAACAGUUCAUCCUUCUUCCAUGUUUACAAAUGGCACAGAUCUGUUUUUUAAAUUCCAUGGGAUGGCACUACUAAGAAUGGAUGAUGACAACCCACCUAACAAAAACAAGAUGGCAACUAUAUCAGUAAUCCAAAGGAAGUCAAGGAAAAAUGCAGUUGCCCCCAGAAAAUCAGAAGUCUCACAAGCAGAUUCCAGCAUUCAGGGUUCUACCAUGAAAACCUGCCCACUUGGAUGGAGCCAUCAUAAUGGAAGCUGUUAUAUCUUGAUCACUGAUCAGAAUGCCACAUGGAAUGUAGCAAACUGGGCUUGCAGAGUGAAGUACCAUGGCAGUUUAGUGAGUGUGGCUUCCAAGUUACACAUGCAAUGGCUAUGGGACUUCAGUGGAAGGAGGCCAUUUUGGAUUGGCUUGAAUGAUCAAAGAAAUCCAGGCCAGUUGGAAUGGAAUGAUGGAGAACAAGUUGUUUUCACCAACUGGAGAAAAGGCCCACCUCAUCUUUCAAAGAAAGGAAGGAACUGUAUUUUAGUACAGCAGCGGAGAAAAUGGCAAAGAAAAGACUGUAGGAAAGGCAGAGGACACAACUAUAUAUGUUCCAGGAAACUCUGAAUGAAGGAAGGAAGGAAGGAAGGAAGGAAGGAAGGAAGGAAGGAAGGAAGGAAGGAAGGAAGGAGCUGCCGUUCAAAUACAUGUCUGACCUGUGUUGUGUAUAGUAAUUUUUUACACAUAUUUAUUUGUCAUCAGGGAUGCUGGAAGGGCUCGGAAUGCAGUGACGUAUUUUCAACAGAUUUUAUAUGAAGGGAAAUUUCCAAUGUGACACUGCCCAUUCAUCUCUUGCUUCAGUGUUUGUAGUAAACUGAGUAUGAGCGUAGAAUCAGAAUUCAUUUGCAGCAGAGUUACUUUCUCUUAUGCCCCUUUAUAGAGAUGCAAGGCUAGGAAGAGAGGCAGAGGGGGCUGGAAAGGAGCUGUGGAGUGGGCACGGACAUUAUGCCAUAUGCUCUCUAUCCUGACUUCCCUAGACAGGGCAUUCUGCCCUACAUAAGACUGCAACUCUUUGAAUGUUAAUUUUGAAAGGGAAACAGACAGACAUGCUGCUGAUUGAUCAAUCGAUCGAUUGAUUAAGUGCCGAUAAGUUGGUGUUGACUCUUAGCAACCACAUAGAUAGAUUUUCUCCAGGAUGAUCUGUCUUCAAAUUGGCAUUGAAGGUCUCUCAGUGGUGCAUUCAGCUGAUUAAACCUUAUAAAAGAUACACAAUACUGGCUUUAGAUAUUUUUGUUUCUGAAGUGAAAGUUAAAAUAAUGCUGUUCCCCAACACACAGAGAUGGAGAAUGGAGUAGUGCCUUCUUUUGAACCUACCACCUAAAAUGACUGCUUCAUGUUGCUUUGUGGUAAGGUCAUCCCUGAAGAUGUAAUACUACUUUGAUGGGGGUUUUUUAAUUAUGGUAAUUAAAAGCUAAAGAUAUGGAUGGUUUUCAAAUGAACAGUAAAUAGAGCUCAAAUUGUAGGCCCCGAAGAUUGUUCUGGGCUUGAUCUGCCGGCCAGCUUCAGUAGAUUUCAGUACUAAAGCAUCCCAGGAAACUUAACUUUAUUCAGUUUUCCAGUGAUAUAAUAAUAUCAGUAAUCCUUGUUCACAUCUUUCAUUUGUACCUCAGAUGUUCUUCAUUUGAGGUACAUUUGUUUCUCCAAAAUACAUUGGUUGACAUCCCAUGCAGAAUAGCAAGGGUGGUUCUCAACUGUCUGCGCUGCUGCAUGGGUCUAAAGCCUGCAGUGUUGUGCAAGAGCGCUCCUGAAUGAAGUUGUGUAAUGUUAUGGCCAUUAUUUUAGUUCAAAAACACUCUUGCAUGACACUGUGGGUGGUGGUUUAGACCAGGGAUU